AUAUGGUCAAGUUACAGAGCACAAAGAACAUUGUAGGGCUUCCCAGUAACCAAGUGAGUUAGAGGGGAAACGAAACCUAACCAGCAAAGCUCCAGUAAGAGGAGGACCAACAUCGGAGAGGAGAGCCUCAAUGUCACACCCCAGAAAUGAAACUUAAGUUUGUCGGAGUGGCAGCCACGCUGAGGUCAAGACAAGUCUCUGGUUCCCUUUGAAAGAAAAUCCAAACAGCCAAGUUCAUCGGGUCUUUAUCAACAACACAGCAGCUGCUAAACACCAAUAUGGCUGCUGCAAAGUAUCUGCCGCCAGAAGAUCAGUUUCUGUGCUCCAUCUGUCUGGACGUGUUCACUGAUCCUGUCACCACAUCAUGUGGACACAACUUCUGCAAAAACUGCAUCAAUGCACACUGGAACACUAAUGACCAGUGCCUGUGUCCAAUGUGUAAAAAGGUUUUCACCACCAGACCCGAGCUGCAUGUCAACACUUUCAUCUCUGAGAUGGUUGUUCAGUUCAGACAGUCAGCUCAAAGUAAAGCCAGCAGCAGCAGCUCAGAGCAAGUGAGCACUGAAAGUGUCGAAGAGUCGAAACCAGGAGAAGUUCCCUGUGAUGUCUGCACUGGAACCAAACUGAAAGCCCUGAAGUCCUGCCUGGUGUGUCUGGCCUCCUACUGUCAGACUCACCUGGAGCCUCAUCUGACAGCUUCAAGUCUGAAAAGACAUCAGCUAAUAGACCCUAUUCAGAACCUGGAAGGCAGAAUGUGUACGAAGCACAAUAAGCCUCUGGAGCUGUUCUGUAAGACCGACCAGACAGGUGUCUGCAUGCUCUGCACUGUGUUAGACCACAAGAUGCAUGACGUAGUUCCUCUGAAAGAGGAAUAUGAAGAAAAGAAGGCCAAGCUGGAGGCUGAAAUUCAGCAGAUGAUCCAGAAGAGACAACAAAAAAUUCAGGAGAUCAAAAACUCAGUCGAGCUCAGUGAGAAGGACGCAGACAAAGAGAAAGCCGAAGGUGUUCAGGUCUUCACUUCUCUGAAGGAGUCUGUUGAGAGAGACCUGAAUGAACUCAUCAAAACUAUAGAAGAGAAGCGGACAGCGACACAGAAACAGGCUGAAGCUUUCAUCGAAGAGCUGGGACAAGAAAUCUCUGAGCUGAUGAGGAGAAGCACUGAGAUGGAGCAGUUGUCACAAAAUGAAGACCACCUCCAUCUUCUCCAGAGUGUCCAGUCCCUAAACACCCACCAUCCACCGCCCACCAAGGACUGGACAGAGAUCAGUAUCCAUCCAUCAUAUGAGGGGACUGCAGUGAGAGCUGUAGCUCAGCUGGAGGAGGCACUCAAUAAAAAGAUAAGGCAGGUGUUGGAAGCCGAGCUGAAGAGGGUCCAGCAGUAUGCAGUGGACGUGACUCUUGAUCCUAAUACAGCACAAGCUGCACUCAUCCUUUCUGAUGAUGGCAAACAGGUACGCCACGGUAAGGUAAUGAAAUUUCUUCCAGACAAUCCAGAGAGAUUUUCUCCCAUUGCCUUUGUUUUGGGAAAACAGCAUUUCUCUUCACGAAAAUUUUACUAUGAGGUUCAAGUUAAAAGAAAGACUGAAUGGUAUUUCGGAGUGGCCAAAGAGUCUAUCAACAGGAAGGGCCAAAUCACACUGAGCCCUGCAAAGGGUUACUGGAUGAUAUAUUUGAGAGACGGAAAUGAGUACAAAGCUGCUGACAGCCCUGUAGUCACUCUCUCUCUGAGGUCUCGUCCUCAGAAGGUCGGAGUGUUCGUGGAUUAUGAUGAAGGUCUGGUCUCUUUUUAUGACAUAGAUUCUGCAGCUCUUAUCUACACCUUUACUGGCUGCUCCUUCACUGAAAAACUCUUCCCAUUUCUCUGUCCUGGUCUUAAUUAUGGUAAUAGAAACUCUGCACCUCUGGUCAUCUCUCCUGUUGGAGAAAAAUAAUCACUGAUCUUAUUUCAUGUAUUGAUUUAUGUGUACUCAAGGGAUCAAACCUACUUAUUUAGGGGGAAUACUUUAUAGUUUUGAUUGAUUUACACUUAAUUGUGAGAUUUUUUAAAUACAUGUACCCAUUAUAUAUGCAACACAUUAAUUUGAUGCAUUAAUAUCUUCAAUCCUGCAUCAUGACACACAGCUUCUGCAGAGAAUAUCUAUUUAAACCUCUAUUAAACCCACAGACAAUUAUUUUCACUUCCUGAAGAAAUCAAUGACCCCAAAGACCCCAAAUAUUUUUGAUUUUGCAAAAAAGAAAUCUGCAAAAUAUCUAUAACAGAAAACAUAUUGCAGUAUAUUUCACUGUGUUGUGAAGCUCAGAGGGCUCAGCGGGGACAGAGCACCUGCCGCAGCAGGUGAACACGCCAUCUGACUUCACUACAAGCCGACUGGAUGUAGAAACAAGUGACGAACUUUACCUACUAAAACCAGCCGCUGGCAAUUUGGCCAGCGGCGUAGCAGGUGACACCAUCAGCCCGCUUGAGUUGAGCUCAGACGGCAAGUUGACACCGCUGCAACUUUCUCUGCAACGUUCUUAAACCGUUUUGUCGUGUCGCAAAUCUUUGUUCUGAAGUGGGCUUAAGAGUAAGGUAUAUUACGUGCCUAUUGUAACUACAGAAUAUAGUAUAUGUCAUUGUUGUCUGAAAUCUGAAAGUACCUGAAUGUCAUCAUGUAUAAUAAUAAUAUUUGUAUAAAUAUAUGAUUCAUCCAUGGUCGUGGUAAGGUAUUUUGAAAAGCUACAAAGUCCCUCAUUGUCUGCAUGCAGGUAUAUGAGGAGGCUCUGAAGGUGUCUGAAGGUUAAGAUACUGUAAGACGAAGACCUUGUAAUUACGAAGACUCCAAUGUUAGACACAUCUGUAUGACGUGUCAAAUACACUAUGUAAGGCUGAGUCACUGAUGUGUUACUUUAAGUUUCUGGUAUGUCUUUGUCUGUGCAUCAUGCUGUGCCAAAAGCUUCUCCGAUCAGAUCUGUAUUAAACAUAUGUUAAUAAGAGUAUAUGUUUUUUUCUACAUCACAGGGCAUAAAAAGUUAAUGGACAAUGUAACUGAUACAGCAAAUGCGAAUGAUAUUUGGUCUGUUUUGAGAGUAAAAAACAAGGGCUUAUUACAGGUCACUUUGGCUUAUAUUUCUCUGUUUUGUGACUACUGGUAAGAUGGUUUAUGAGUCAGAGAAAUCUGUAAAUGCACGAUUGUAAAAUAAAAACUGCAAAAUGAA